AUGCGUUUUUUAUUUAAUUUUAGUUUUCUUUUACUCGCCCCAGUCGUUUUGAGUGAAAAGUUUAGAUUCGAUAAUUAUACUUUAUUCAAAGUUCUACCAGAAAAUGAACGACAGAUCGAAAUACUACAGAACCUUCAAGAUAACGAUUUAAGAUUCGAUUUCUGGUCAAGUCCUGGUAUCAAAGCCGAAUUCGUGAAUAUCAUGAGCAAACCUGAGAACAAAAUUGAUUUGGAUAAUUUUCUAAAGAGCAAUGGAAUUAAUUAUGAGAUUGUCAUGUCCAAUAUUCAAGAGGCUAUUGAUAAAGAGACAGUUAGCCCUUACACAAGAGGACGCACACCGAGCAUGCGAUUUGAUACUUACUACAAUUUAGAAGGAAUCAAUGCCUGGAUCAAUGAUUUAGUCCGAACUUAUUCGGAAGUGACGAAAUUAGUUGGAGGCGUCAGUUACGAGGGUCGAGAAAUCGAAGGUUUCAGAAUAUCUCACGGCAGCGGUAGAAAGAUUAUAUUCUUGGAAGGGGGCCUACAUGCCAGAGAAUGGAUAUCGCCAGCUACCGUCUGCUUCAUUGCUAAUGAGCUACUUACCAGUACUAACCCAGAGACGAGAGCAGCUGCUCGUGAUUUUGACUGGUAUAUCUUUCCAGUGACCAAUCCUGAUGGCUAUGUAUGGAGUCAUACUAAUUUCCGUAUGUGGCGUAAGAACAGGCGUCCUAUCGGCAACUUCUUCGGUGUCGAUUUGAACAGAAAUUGGAACAGCAAUUGGCUCGUCAGUGGAGCCAGCACCAAUCCAGCUACUGACACCUACGCCGGUCCAGGACCGUUUUCUGAACCCGAGAGCAGAUCAUUAUCGACGUAUUUGAGGAGCCUUGGAGACAGAAUCGAUAUGUAUCUCUCUUUCCAUUCGUUUGGAGAACUUCUUCUGAUUCCGUUCGGAAACUCAACAGCUCCGUACGCCAAUUACCACGACGCAAUAAACAUCGGAAGACGCGCCAUGGGAGCUUUGUCUGUCAGAUUUGGAACUCUCUACAGGACCGGGAAUAUAGCUGAGGCGAUCUACCUCGCUACUGGAGGUAGCAUUGAUUGGGUUAAAGAGGACUUAAACGUUCCACUCGUGUACUGUUACGAGUCUCGCGAUAGAGGCCAAUACGGUUUCCUGCUGCCGCCAGAGCAGAUUCUGCCCAAUAGUCAAGAAACAAUGGAUUCUGUGCUGGAAUUAAUCCAUCAGGGCAGAAGAUUUGGGUACUUAAACAACAGCGGAAGAACACUGUCUCCACUACUUUGGGUGAUGAUCGUAGCAUUGGCCAAAUUGCUAUGGCCUAUCGACGAACCACCGCUCCACGGUGUCCGCACCACAACGCUGAACCACCGCCGCACCACCGCCAUUUGGCGGAAAAUUCCGCCGCACGCUUCGAAAGAAAUCUCCCAGCACCGCCGCACCACAGCCGAAGCAUAG